GGAGGGAAGGGGAGGGGAGAAGAGUGGGGGAGACAACAGAGUGGAGCUGUUCUGCCUCUCUCCAGAUGCCUGCCCGCGUUCCAUUUACAUCGGAUUUGCUGACGAUGAACUUGGAGUUUUGUUGUCCGACGUAAAAAGCCAGCUGGAGAGAAAUAAAUUCCUGACUUGCCUGUGGAGUGCGGAGGAAAUGCCGUUUCCCACUAAUGUCGGGUGAAAGAAAACAUGGGUUCAGUCUAUGUGUGUGCGUGUGUGUAUGGGUGUGGGAGGCAAGAGGCUGAGCAGCAGAGAGCGGAGUAGACUGACUGACUGACUACUACCAUGUCAGACUGUUACACCGUGCAGUUUGCUGUAAACAUCCAUCACCUAUGAAGAAUGAGACUCUUGGGGGUUAUUGUUCUGCUGACAGAGCUUUGGGCUGCAGACAUAGGUCAGGCCCUGAAAGUGGUGGUCACGCCCGGGCCAGCAGUGGAAUUCACCGUGGGGGAGCGCGGCGCUCUCUUCUGUCGCAUAUCUCAGGCCCGGAGGAAGAACGGCCGCCUGGCUCUGGUCUGGCUUUACUCCAACUCCUUCCUCGAUGGUCAGAGAAUCCUGAGACUGAACCGCACAGGCCAUGUGCAGACCUACACGAGCUGCAGAGCUAGUCGCUGCGACCUGCAGUCUUACGAGCAGGGCUCGGUCAAGGUUUACGUAUUGAUCCUCAAGAACGUCAGCAAAAGCGACGAAGGACACUACCGGUGCCGAGUCCAAGAAAUUGCCAACCUCAAUAAGAAGUGGGUGUCGAUAUCUAACGGAAACAGCACAACCGAGGUGAAAGUGCGGCUGCCUCAAACCACAAUUGUGCCCACCUCAGAGAGGACGAGUGAGACGUGGACAGUCCCUGAAGAUUUUGACCUGGAAACAUCAACCGUGCUGAUUUCCAGGAAUCCUAAGGAACCAUGGACGGUAUAUGGAGACGUGUAUCUUUACUCCGUGCUAGUUUGCUCUCUGGGGAUCGUGUCGGUGAUCCUUUUUGCGGCUGUGAUCGCUUGCCAAACUCUGAGAAACAGAAAGAAAGCAAGAGCUAGACACUAUUUGAUGAAAGGACCUAAUAGCAGCUCAGGCGAAACAGUGAUGAGUGUGCGAAGCACCUCUGCACUGCAACCCAAAAAGGAUAAAAAGACAACAGGCACAGAGGAGCUGCCUCCACCGAUCCCUGUUAAAAUACCUACCAGAGACGUUUCCAGCAAAAGAAAACUUUGGAAAAGGCAGGAGGGUAAAUCCAUAAUGCCCCGAAUUGCCGAAGACAGUCUAACCUACGCUGAACUGGAGCUGGUCCCCACGCAGCCCGGCAACGCCAGCGCUCAGGCCUCCACCACGGUUUACGCCAAAAUAUUCUUCUCCAAUAACAAAGACCAGCUUAACCCCAGCCAGAAAGCUAACGACAACGAGAAAUAAUAGCCGAGCCGGCGAUACUUAACGAAGACUGAAGCGCAUCCUGGUACGUUUUUGUAUUACGCAGGUGCCUUCUGACGUCCUGCUUGGGAGAGUUAUUUACCAGAUAUUAAGUCACACAUCAGAGACCGACGCGUGGAAGGCUGGACAAUGAGUGGUCCUGAGGGGCAGCCAUCAGUUUAGCUCCAAACUGAAGGGGCUUCUUCAUCUAAAUGGCUCUUGUGAUAUGGGCGGAGUGCCAUCUGAAACACCAAGGAACACACACGGGCUCAGUCAUUUCACUUGAUGUUUGCUGUAUCACAGGACCAGUUUGCCCAGUCUGCAGGAUACAGACACUGUACAGGAGCAGAUUACAGGCACGGACACAGCACCAAUCACAUGUAAACACUUCUCUUGUACGCAGAAUAAACUGUAAUUAAUGAAAGACUAGCGAGUCAGGCUGUGUAACCAGAGUGGUAUAACUCGUGAGAGAGGCCUGCACAACUCAUGUGUGAAAUAAAAGGUAGGUUGCGUUCAA